AUGACUCUUUCUCCAGUACAAGGCAUUUCAAUGAAAAUAACGAGGUGUACAACGAAGCCUCGAGUAUCGCCUGAGAAAGCUUUGGCGUUUACGAAAAUGAGUGUCGUGCUGGCUGCCGUCUGGCCAUCAGACAUCAAAACCAAAGGAUUGCGAAUGAAACUUGUGGACUUGGUUUGGUGCUGCUCUGUUUUAAGCUCAAUGUGCCUGCUGUUGCCGCUUCUCGCAUCCAUUUACGUGUACAAGGAUAAUCCCAUCGUUGUGUCGAAGUCCGUGUGUCUGUCUUGUGCCGUGACGCAGGUCAUCAUGAAAACUGUCGUUUGCCGGGUGAAUCGAAAAAAAAUUCAGUUGUUGUUGAAAGAGUUGGACGACUUUCUGAAGACGGCAAAGUUGCGCGAGCGACGAAUGUGUCAGAAGUAUGUCAGCAAAAGAGCGCCGUUUCACAUGGUCAUCACAUUGUGCUGUUACGGAGCUUCGUUGUUUGUGAUUUGCGGUCCCAUAUUUUUACCCUAUUCAUUACCAACGGACGCGGUUUAUCCGUUUUCCGUGCAAACAGGCCCCGCGUGGAGUCUCACUUACGUGCACCAAGCCAUCGCUGGGUUUCAAGCUUCCGCGGGUAUGUGCGUCGACGGCUUCGUGGCUUUUCUCCUUUGGUUCACGGGAAUCAGAUUCGAGCUGCUGUGCCGGAAAUUCGAAAAGAUUCAAAACAUGCAGGAGAUGUACCAGUGCAUCCGAGAACAUCAAAAAGUACUGAGAUACGGUAAGGAGCUCGUAGGAGCUUUUCGCUACGUACUUUUUGCCACAGUGUUUUCCGUAACGGCGGGACUAGCAUUUGCUGGAAUAUAUCUAUUCAGCCCUCAACCAAUGUUCGUGAAAGGACAAUUUGCUAUUGUUUCCAUCAGUGCUGGUAUCAACUUGUACGUGACAGCUCUACCUGCUGAUAACUUGAUAGUCAUGUGCAGGAAGUUAUCUGAUGUGGCUUACACGUCUUUGUGGAUACGUAAUUCAUCGGGCGCCAUCACUAAAAAUUGGAUAACCAUUAUCCACAGAGCACAAAAACCCGUGACAGUCAACAUUCCAGGUUUAAUUAAAGAAUUGUCUCUGAAAUACUACUUUAAUGUUUUAUCCAGUACCUUCUCAUAUUUUACUGCUCUGCAUGUUAUUAUGAUGAAAAAUGUUAAGUACACUGAUGAUGUAAAAAACACUGUUGAUCUUCUUGUAUUUGCAACAUUGAUAACUUCAGUUGGUGGAGUAUUGUUUAGUCUGAUUCAGCUCGAUCAAACAUUAGCAAUCAAAGGACAGUAUACUGUUGUUGCUAUUACAGCUAGUGUAGGUCUUUAUACGUGUUCGUGGGCAGCAGACCAUUUACUUGAAAAGGGGAAUCUAGUUGGUGUUGAGGCGUUCCAUUGUAAUUGGUAUCGCAUGGAAAAAAAAUCAAAAACAUGCAUAUUACAAUUUAUUAUGCAAUCUCAGAAGCCAGUGAUAAUCAAAGCCAAUCAAAUGCUUCCCACUUUGUCGCUAGCAUUCUUUUCACUG